AUGCUGUCCAGUGCACACCUACAGGAUGUUCCCCCACACCUCUCCAGGACCCUUACACAGAAUGAAGAACAGACCUCCUUGAGGCAGAGUCGCAGCUGUGAUCCGUCUGCUGCCUCUGCCUCUGCCUCUGAGUCAUUGUCAGGUUCCAUCAGGUCAAGAAUUCCUCACAGUAAAAUGCUCCAAAGAAAGUUUCUCAGAAUCGUCUCCCCUGAGUCUCCUGCUAAGCUAACCUGUUACUAUCGAGUAGUGAUCAUUAUCCUCACUGUAGCUGUAGUUGCUCUUUCUGUUGCUUUGUCAGUAAAAAAGACAGCACAGAUCUCAACCAUAAAUACCAGUGCCACUUGCCCGGGAAACUGGAUUGGAGUUGGAAAUAAAUGUUUUUAUUUUAACGAAACACCAAGUAAUUGGAAAUUGAGCCAGACCCUCUGUAUGGAACAAGAGGCCGAAUUAGCACGAUUUGACAACCAGGAGGAGUUGAAUUUCCUAAGGAGACACAAAGGGAGUUUUGAUUACUGGAUUGGCCUGCACAGAGAGUCAUCAGCGCACCCUUGGAAGUGGACAGACAACACUGAGUAUAACAACUUAGUUUCUAUUGGAGGAGUUGAAAACCAUGGUUUCCUGAGUGACAAUGGGAUCAGCAGUAGCAGGGAGUACAUAAAACGGAAUUGGAUUUGUAGCAAGCCCAACAGCUACACCUCACAGUGCCAGUAG